GCCAGAGGCAAACGUCGACCUUGGCGUUCCGUAGCAUUUAUUUAUUGAACGCAGCGGUGGCGCUGUUGGCUAGACAUGGAGUUUUGUGAAGUUUUGUUGCAUUCGAAAUUCAUAAUUAGACAAACAGAGCUAACAGAAAAAAAAAAUGACACACGUUUAGAACACGUGGGCAAAUAUAUUGUACCGCUUGACACGUGGAAAUUUAUGUCUAUACAAUGCUCAGUGCCAAAGAGCUUUUAGAAUUAAGGUCUAGAAAAGCUCAUCCCAGGAACCUUCCCACCAUGUCACCAAAAGAUUUCGUCCCCACUCAUUCUGCCGAAGAAACAGCAACAAUUAACGCUAUUGUUGAAGAGAAAAUGACUUAUUUAAAAGAAGAAAGGGCAGAGAGAAGGAACCUGCUUACAAAAGCUGAUUGGCUUCCUCAAGAAAAAGUAGCUAAAAUUGAAAAGAAGCUUGGCGGUGGCUGGGAUGCUUAUGGAUUCGAUAAGAAUGGGAAGACAUAUCUCCAACCAGAGGAAGCCCUAUUUCUCAUCGAAUUGUCAAAAUUGGAGUUGUGGUAUUCUGGUACCCCAGUCAGUGUUCAGCAAGCUUAUCAAAUUCUACUGGUAGAAGAUUUGUGUUCAACUCUCAAGUACCGUGUAUAUUCUCACCUAUGCCGGCAAGGCUAUAGGCUUGUUCGUAGAGUAAAUUCUCCAUCAAUUACGACAAAGCGUUCUGGCGAUGCUUUCCAGGUUUCUAGUCCUAAAAGAGUCAGGACGGAUGAACCGUCUAACUACUCAGUCGAACAUGAAACAAGUGUUAGCACUUCCAGUGAAACCCAAAAUGACUCGAAAUCAAAGUUAUUACCUGGUUCUUCAGCAGCUGAACAAUCCGAUUAUGAUUGCAUUCCACAUUUCUUAGCCUCGGCAUCGGAAUCCAUUGUUAUUCAGUUUUCUGAUCUUGAAUACCUUCCUGAAAGCAUCCGUAACAGGGAAAGUAGCUAUGUCAUCAGCAAGAAAGAUUUCUUACAUUUUAGUGUAGAUCGCGAAGAAGUUGCGACCAGCAUAAGCUCGGCGUCUACCAACAAUCCUCUUUUUAGCGGGAAAACUAAGCCCCUUUUACUUGGGAAUUAUAUUGGAGACCCUUACUAUGCCACUGAUGGAUUGUACAAUCCAACGGAUGAGGAACUGAAUCAAAUUGAUGAUGAUGAUCUGCAGAUUUGUUACCAUGUCUAUUCACCCGGGCGGCACUUUCGUAAAUCCAAUCCUGGUCCACCAUGCUUUAUGUUAGCGAUUGCCGAAUGGAGCUCAAAUGUACCAAGCCUGUCAUGUCUUGAACGUUUCAAAAGACGUUGUGGCCCCAAUACUGUCCCGUUGGUUGCUGUUUCUGGAGCAGGAUCUGGCGUCUCUUUCUAUCAGCUAAAAGGAGUAGUCAGCCCUAUGUAACCAGUAAAGAUUUGUGUAUUUAAUUUUUGUUAUAGUUUUUUCUGUUCCCAUCUCCCCAGUGAGCUAAUCAACAACACAAAACAUGUUUUGCCCAAACCUGAAAGGACAACAAAGGCGAUAGAAAUCCCUUUAAUCUGAACACGAUAUCAUCACUUUAAUUGUUCCAGCUGCACUCGCACGAGCGGUUUCGAAGGCUUUCACAGUCUCUUCUAACGUGAAACGAUGAGUAAUUAACGGUUUAACGUUGACAAGUCCACUCGCCACGAGUUGCAACGCAGUUGGAUAACUAGGAAUUGUUAUACGAAAAGGUCGUUUAUCAUAUUUUUCGUGUAAUCUAUACAAGUCAAACUUUACCAAUUGGCGUAGCGGAAUAUUCCUCGAAUGUCAACUUCACGGACAGCUGCAUUGACGAUAGGCACUUUGAUUUCCGCUUGUCCAAGUCCUACUAAAACUACUACCCCUCCACUUCUAGUGCC